AUUGGCAUUCGGGAGGGGAGGAGGUGGUGGUGCUGGCAAGGACAGCCAGGGAUUUAUUCAGCCAGGCACUCAGGCGAGUAAGUCGCUGCUCAGCGCUCCGUAUGGUUACGCACUAAAAGUCCCUGUGGAACAUUUUUUUACUUUCUAGUUUUCUGUUGCUGUCUCCGAAAUGAUUGUUUUGGAUUUUUUCGGAACGUACACAUUUUAGGCUAUUGCAUUAUCUCAACGUAGGUGGACUAACUGUAGGGGUAUUUAUGUUCAACCACUUAUUGUUUUUUUUCUAUACGUAUUCUUCCAAGAAUCCGUGCGCUUGUCGGAUGUGUUUGCGGAGCAGCUUGACUAAAAUACUCGCGGAGCGAGGGGGACAAUAGUCUAGGAACAUAUUGCGACUUCGCACGGACCAGAGAGUGAGAGUGCAGGAUUCGUAUAACUGUGACGCAUGAAUAGUAGGCUAGCCUAGACUAUGAAAAGGCUUGCAAUGAUGAAAGUGUGUUUGAAAACUAACAUCACCGGAAGCAGAGCCAUGCUCUCCCUCUCACCUACUUUGUAAUAAGGAAGAUCUGUGUCCAUUGUAAGUGCAGGCUUGAGGAGCAUGUGAUGACAGCCGUGCCUCUGGAGAUGGAGAAGACCGUCACUAAGCUGAUGUACGACUUCCAGAGGAACUCCACCUCAGACGACGACUCAGGCUGCGCGCUGGAGGAGUAUGCCUGGGUGCCCCCGGGGCUCAAACCUGAACAGGUUCAUCACUACUACAGCUCCCUGCCCGAGGGCAAGGUUCCCUAUGUGAACAGCCCAGGAGAGAAGCACCGCAUCAAACAGCUCCUCCAUCAGCUGCCCCCCCACGACAAUGAGGUGCGUUACUGUAACACUCUGGACGAUGAAGAGAAGAGGGAGCUCAAACUCUUCAGUAACCAACGGAAACGGGAGAAUCUGGGCCGCGGCAAUGUGAGACCAUUUCCCGUGACGAUGACUGGAGCGAUCUGUGAGCAGUGUGGAGGGCAGAUAAACGGAGGUGACAUUGCAGUGUUUGCGUCGCGUGCAGGCCACGGCGUGUGUUGGCACCCUGGCUGCUUCGUGUGCAGCAUGUGUGACGAGCUGCUGGUGGACCUCAUCUACUUCUACCAGGAAGGGAAGAUCUACUGUGGUCGGCACCAUGCAGAGAGACUCAAACCACGCUGCUCCGCCUGUGACGAGAUCAUCUUUGCGGACGAGUGCACGGAGGCGGAGGGCAGGCACUGGCACAUGAAGCACUUCUGCUGUUUCGAGUGUGAGACGGUGCUGGGCGGCCAGCGGUACAUCAUGAAGGAGGGCCGGCCCUACUGCUGCAGCUGUUUCGAGUCCCUCUACGCCGAGUACUGUGACUCCUGUGGGGAACAUAUCGGCAUUGACCAGGGCCAGAUGACAUAUGACGGUCAGCACUGGCACGCCACAGAGGGCUGUUUCUGCUGUGCCCGCUGUAAGAGCUCCCUCUUAGGUCGCCCCUUCCUGCCCAAACAUGGACAGAUCUUCUGCUCGCGCUCCUGCAGUCUGGGGGAGGAGCCUAACGGGUCAGACUCCUCAGACUCCGCCUUCCAGAGCGCACGCUCCACUCGAGAGUCCCGCCGCAGCUCCAAGGCUGGGAAGAACGGGGGCCAGGCGGGGAGGUGUUCGGGUGACGUGGACCCUCUCUCCUUACAGAUGGACCUGCUGAGUCUGUCCAGCCAGACGCCCAGUUUGACCCGCGAGCCGCCCGCAUGGAAGAGCCAGGGACAGGGGGGUGACACGUACCCCUACGAGGGCCGAUCAGACCCCACAGCAACACCCACCCCACUCCAUCUGCUCAGCCAAUGCAACGUCAGAACUGCAUAUAACUCCACCUCCCCCGUGCAGGGCAACCAACCAAACCACAGGUCCAAGGAGCUGGGUGUCAACAAGAGGCCGCCCAUCUCAGCCCUGAAAGGCUGCUCUAUGAAUGAGAACUGGUUCCAUCAGGAUUCAGAGGACUACUACCCCCCCAAACUGAAACCCCAGCAAAGCUUUGACGUACCCCAUGGCUUGUCCUACCACAACGGCUUCUCUGACAAGCGUUCGGUCAGUCUGCAUGUGUUCCAGAGGGACGGGGAGGUGGGGCUCCCCCAGCGGGGGCGCAGCAGGAACCCCAUCAGCGCACUUAGCUUCACGGAGCAGCUCACUCCCCUAGAGCAGACACCCAGGGGUUCCAUGGAGUCACUGGCCCUGUCCAACGCUACAGGAACGUCAGCAGAUGGAGGAGGGAAGCGCCAGGAGCACCUGUCUCGUUUCUCCAUGCCCGACCUGAGCAAAGACUCUGGCAUGAACGUGUCAGAGAAGAGCAACAUGGGCACCCUCAACUCCUCUGUCCAGUUCCACAGCUCUGACUCCAUGCACAGCCUGACCCCAGGCCAGCCCUACAUGGAGCUGGAGCCCCCGGUGCAGGUGCAGUACCCUCUGCAGUACUGUGAGCCCCCAAGCCUGGGGAUGGGCAUGAGCCACCUGCCAGCCGGCUUCACCUACCAGGAGGAGGACAUGGUCAGCCUGGUGAGCAGCGCCAACGCUGCCCGCCUCCCGCCCAUCAGUGAGCGCACGCGGAGACGAGGAGAGGGCCCGGGCAUGGCUGCCCCUGAAGACACCCCUCAGCGCCGGAGACACAAUCACCACCGCUCCCGUCGCUCCAGACGCUCCCGCUCGGAGAACGCCCUGCACCUAGCCGCUGAGCGCAGGGAGAGGCCCCAGCUGAGAGUCAGAGAGGACUAUGACCAGUUUCCCCCUCCGCGGGGCGCUAGGGACUCAUUUGGGAGUGCAGGGGGGAGGUGCAGGGGGCCGGAGCCAUUCAGGCAGUGCCCUCGUACCACCUCUGACCUCACCCUGCAGAAGCCCAGUGCCCAUCGCCGUCUCGCCGGGCCCUACUCCUGGGACGACUACGAGGAUGAGGACGAGUGGUGCUCCACCUGCUCUUCAUCGUCUGAGUCGGAGGACGAGGGUUACUUCCUGGGAGAGCCCAUUCCUAGGCCCGUGCAGCUGAGGUACCUGAGCAGCCAGGAGCUCCUCCACAAGUACAGCUCCACAGGGGUGGGCGGACCGCACCAAAUGAGUGGCAGAGGGGGACAGCUGCACACCCGCAAACGCCGGAAAAGCAAGAACUGCAUAAUCUCUUAAAAUUCGCACCAUGGAAAGAGUGAAGAGAAAGUGCCCUCCCUCUCCCAGUAUACACUAACAUAGUUCAUCUGUUCAGAAAAGACAAGCAGACACUCUUCUGAAGUUGUUGAGUAUUGUGAGGUUGACAGUGUUUUGAUAUGCAGUUGGGUAAACCAUUGACAGCACAAAUGUUUUGCAUGUUUAUCCAUUUCAGAACAUUUCAGAACAAGUUAUCCUGAUUAUUGAUUAUAUUUCUCUGACUCACACUGCACUCUGCUUGUCUGUCACCAUGUUUAUCAAAGCCCACGUGCAAUCGUAAUAAUAAUGUAAUUUCCAUGCAGCAACAGUAAGGUACAGACAAUUCAGUAAGGUCCAGCUUUUUCAUGCAAUGUGAUUUAGGUAUAUACUAUUGUAGUCAAGUUUAUCGGCUGUACUGUAUAUAAGUAAAUGAAUGAAUAAAUUCACUAAAUUAAGGAAACAAUGUAAAUACUAUGUAAAUGAGGUCCCACAUAUUUUUAUAUUUUGUAUGGAUAGAAUCAUUUAUGUAUUGAAUAUCUAUAAUGUAGGAAUAGAAAAUGCAUGCCUGUAAUUUGUUGUUGUGGUCCUGCAUUGGAAUAAAAUAGUAUUUCAGACAGAGAAUGACAGGUGUCCGUUCCGUCACUAGAGACUGGCGUGUUCUUGUGAUCAUUUGUCUGACAGUGAACAGUCACCCUCUCCAUCUGCUCAACACAUAAAUGAAUGAAAACAUGGCAAAAGCGCUGAUUUAAAAAGUCACUGCUCAGUAAAUGUCAUUCCCCCAUGAGGUCAUGAAAUGAUACUGUGACUAUUGGGCUUUUGUGGCAUUGUUUGCAAACAGAUGUCUGUGAGCUGUAAGUGAGCUAAUCAUAAACCCAGAUAAUGUGCUGCUGAUGCAGCUCUAUGGAUUAACGCAUGAAUAGAUAUAUGGGAUUCAAAUGGGCUUUACUGAAGUACAAUUUGUAAUUCACAAGCUAUCUCCUCAAUGAAUACAACCUCUACAUCAAAACAACAGGAGUAGUUUACUUCUCUCAUCGUUUUCAUUCUCUACAUUUACACUUGGACGAGCUCCAGGUCAAGUUUGUGUUUGAAAGGUAACAGGGUUCUAAAUUGGCUUGUGUCUGAUGUCCAUGUGGUCAGAGGAUUACAGUAGCUAAGUCUCUGGCCCCCGUAAACUGGGUGGACUCCAGUCCACACCCUCCCUUCUACGCAGGUCUCAAAACCAGCUAUUUAACUACACACACUAGAUUAAAAGUGAGUGAAGACCAAUCCCACUGGGCACAGAUGUCAAUUCAACGUCUAGUUUUGAUUUACAUUUGGUUGAGUUGUCAACUAACGUGAAAUCAUCAAAACAAUCACAAUGUCAUUUGAUUUUGGUAAAAAUGUUGGUGAAAAAAUACAAAAUUCCCUUACACGGAUUACUUUUUGCAAAUCCAGUUAAUUUUCCACAUUGGUUCAACGUCGUCAUAUUGAUUUUGGGUGUUUGAAGUGAUGUGGAUACAACGUUGAUUCAGUCAGUUCUUGCCCAGGGGUAUGCUACUGACAUGUUGGGUGGAUAAGUGUGUUUAUGUGGGUUCCUUUAGAUGGCAUGUCUUCCAGUGUUCAUAUAUACUUUGCGGUGGUCAGGAGUUCUCAUUUUGUUGACUGUUAUGACCAAAACAGCUGCACAAACAUGAGACACAUUACUGUCCUGACAACUGAGCGAUUAUGUAUUUUUUUUGCCUUUUUUACUGGGCCCCUAGGCCACUGGUGUCAUGACCAGAUUUGUCUUGUUUUUUGUAUUUCUUAGUUAUCAAAUGAAUUACUUAAUUUUUAAGCCCACGUUAUAUCAUAAUUGUUUGUAAAAAUAUUUGUCAGCUGUAUUUUACAGAGGGGGCACACUGACUGGACUAGGUUCAGAAGGAGGAGGAUGAGAGAGUAGAGUGACACACACACAGCGUUUGAUUUGAUUUGAGCUACCAGUGAUGGGUAGGAGGUUUGUUUGUAAACGAAUGUGAUCAAGCUAUGUAGCCUAUUGAUUCCUUCUUGAUGAAUAAAUAUAUCACAAAUG